AUGGUUCUGAACGACAGCUCCUCUGUUCCCGAGUACGGAUCCUCGGGAUCCGCCAACGCCACCGCCCUGGAUGUCCCCCCGGGGGCCUGGCCCGGCAUCGUCAGCGUCCAGGCCAAGCGGGACAACGGCACCUGGCACAUGUGCUCGGGGGCACUCAUCGGCCCCCAGUGGGUGCUCACGGUGGCCCGCUGCUUCACCGGGACCGGGGAUGUCCGCCGCUGGCAGGUGCUGGUCGGGGCCAUCGACCUGAUUCAGCCGGACCCCAAGGCCGUGGUGAUCGGGGUCCGGCGGCUCCUGGUGCACGAGGAGUACGAGGCGGAGUCGAAGUGGAACAACAUCGCCCUGCUGGAGCUGGAGCAGCCCGUGCAGUGCAGCGACUACAUCCAGCUGGCCUGUGUGCCCGACAGCWCCCUGGCAGUGCCCGAGCUGAGAACCUGCUACAUCGCGGGCUGGAGAGCCACCCCGGACAGUG